UAAAAUAGGUUUAAAUUACGCUUCAUGAAAAAUAUUGUUCAAUAUUUGCUGGAAAUAUUUUUAAUGUUUUAAAACUAACGGCCGCCGUUGCUUACAACUGGCGCCACUACAAGCACAUCCACUGACGAAGUUGCAUAGUGCAACUUUACAGCUGCAAGCUACAGACCAUGGGAGUUCCUUAUUUAUUAAUUAGUGGGAGGAUUGCAAUAGUUUAUAAACUACUCGUAGUUUCAGUUAUAUUAUGGACGAAUUUGUGUUAAAAUAAAAAAUAAUCUAGUUUUAAUAAUUUAAUUAAUAUUGUAAUAAUUAUUCAACCACGUAGGAUUGGUAUAGUCUAUAAUUUAAUGUUCACAGCUCAGGUGCUAGAGUCUAUGGAAACAAGCAGGAAGUCACAGUGCAUCUGACCGUGAGUCCACUGGCUUGGUUUCUCCUAGUGCCACAAUGAAUCACGAUUGUCUCGAUUACGAGAUUGCACUACACAUCAUAAGUUGCUACUCGGGCGAGUGUGACACUCUACCACGUCCCUGCAAAGCCGCAUUGACGAUGCACAAAGUUUGCGACACGAUCCUCAGUGAACAUGAGAUGCUGUACUCUCAGCUUGUCAUGAGAGCGUUGUCAGACAAUAAGAGAGACUCGUCCGACGUCAUUGUUCAGGUUGCCAGGGAGGUUUUCAAGGAUGGCACGAUAAAUUGGGGCCGAGUGGCGGCACUCUACGCUUUCGCAGGAAAGAUGGCGAGGUACUGCAAAGCGAACGGCAUUGAGACUGACACACUUGUCGAUAGUCUGGCCGCGUACACCUCGACCGACUUAAAAGACUGGAUAUGUGAAAAUGGGGGCUGGAAUGGAUUUGUGGAGAAGUUUUCCGAUACCAAGGUGGAAGACACGCUAUGGAAAGGCAUCAUGUGGACUUUGUCCAGCUUAAGCACACUAGACUCGAUCCUGUCCUAUACAAAGUGAUUGUUGUACUUGUAAUAUGCAACCUCUUUCCACUAUAAGUAUAUUAUAACAAAUAAUUUUAUUGUAAAUAUAUUAUAUAUUUGUAUUAUUUGCUGAUGUGCAGAUAUCGCUGUUGUGGAUUUCAACCAGACAUGUCUUGUUAUUAUAUUGUAUCAAGAGCUAAUAAUACCUAAUAGCAUAUAUAGGUAUUAUUAUCAGUACAUGUUAGUAGGUAGCCAUAACCUGUACAUCUCUAGAAUCAUGUUACAUUCAGCUGAUCAAGGGCAGUACAAGCUAUGUGCAUUAUACAGUCUGUACAGAUCACUAAUUGCAAGGUAUGCAUUAUAGCUUUUAUUAAAAGAAAUAGUUCUGCUUUUUGGACUUGGGUGAAGAAAAGAAGUGGUAUGUAAUAAAGUUAUUUGUUGUCGCUAUUAAAA